UAGGGGUAAAAAGAAGAAGAAGAAGAAAUAUCUGUAACAGAAGUGUUAUAACUAGUUCCCUGGAAACAUUGAAGAACUGCAUAUUUAUUGCAUGAAAACGUGAUCACCUAGACAAGGCCUCAUCACUCUUGUUUUGCCAGGUAAGAACAAUGUGUCCUCCCUUCUGGUGAUCCAACAACAUAUUUGUGAGAGCUUAAAACACAGCACAGCUCAGUCUUGGCUAUCUUCACUGACAUGAAGACACUGAUGAUCUUCCUCCUUGGGGGGCUCUUAGUCCUUUGGGCAGAGCAGGGAAGAGCAACUUCAACUGAUCCACAGAUUGUGCGACCUGGAAGCUGUCCUCCUGACCCUGCUAGAUGCGAACGGCCUCUGCCAAAUGAGUGUGAAAGAGACAUUGACUGCCCCAUAUCAAAGAAAUGUUGUCAAUACAUUUGUGCUCUGCGUUGUGUGGAUCCUGUAAAAAGCGGAAAGUGAUUUCCUGAUGUGCCGAUGAGCAAACUACACUUUGAAGAACAAUCCACUCACCUCCUAUAGCUUGGUGCAGAGAUUCAGGCAUAUUUCUAAAUACAAUUGUUUAUGCAAAAGGU